AUGCCGCCCAGAGGACUGAAGGAGAAAAAGAAAGCGAAGGGAAAAGAAGCGAAAAAGGCGGUAAACUUUGAACCGGAAGAAAAGCCACAAAAGAAAUACUCAACUCGAGUGCCGGAAAAAAUCAAGCAUGAUUUCCUCGAUCGAAAAAUCAAAAAUUUUCUGUCAAUCGUCUUAGGAAGCAGAGAAUAUCAUCCAGAAAAGGCGAGAACAUGGAGUAUGGACCUCUCCUCACGAAUCUCUGAAAUGGUGAAGGAAGAUAGCCCUGAAAACUUCAAACACAUAGCUCUAGUAAUGAUCGGAAGCGUGCAAGAGAAACCUUCGAUAUUCUUGGGCUCAAGAUGUCUCUGGAACGAAGCUACUGACGAUUUUAUAUCAGUGCGAUUUCAAAAUGAAUCUCUCUACGCUGUCGCUCUUAUUCAGGAUGCAGCAGAAUCGAAUAUGGAUGCGCUAGACGAUUUACUGAACGACCUGAAUGCGGUCACCCGUGAACUUGGAUUCGAUACGAGUCCUUCUGAACCUGCUUCGAGCACUUCUGUGACUUCUGAGAAAUCCUCCGUCUCCGCUGAAAGCGGCCUCGGCCUCUCCAAUGACUUGUCCAAUGAUUUCCAAACGAUCAAGAAGGUCACGCCGCCUAAACCGCCCAAGUUACAACAAAAGCCACCCGACUCAUCCUAUUCUGAGGGAACGUAUAAUGAUGGCCUGGACCAGAUUAUGAACUCCCUCAACUCAUUGGGCUCCGAUUUGAACCCCGAGAAACCGAAAGAACCUGAAAAACAAACUCCGCCAAGAAAAAAAUCGUCAGAAAUGAUCAAUAGAUUGGUUACGACGCCGCCUAAAGUUCAAACUGCGAAGAGGGUGAGUUUCCGAUCGUCAGCUGAAAUCGAGGAAAACGAGUUCAACUCUUUCCCGAGUAAGGCUCCCGAAGUCGGAAAGCUCCCAAAACCAGGGCUGCCCCCGCAAAUUCUCCAAUCAGCUGGAGCAUCGCCGCAAAAACCCCCAGUCCGACCAAGAUUACAACAAGUUUUGCCUCCACCGCCAAACACGCCUAAGGCGAGCGUAUCGAGCACGGGCAGUUCCGACUCGCUGAAAAUGCCUCCUCCGCCGCCUAAAUUUCCUCCUCCCGCGCUGACGCCUCCUGUAACGGCGAGACCGAGUGAGAAAGUGAUGUUCGACGGGCCGUCGGAUCAUCAAAGGAUACCACCGUUUGCCGAGACGCCAACUAUUUUGCGCAAUCGUCAAUACAUCCCGCCUGAGAAGAAAGCUGAGAUUAAUCAACAUCAAGUCCAAGUUCCUUCUCAGCCCACUGCUGAAAAGCCGACCACCCAACCGAUGCAUCCGGAAGUAAACAACUUCAUGGAGAAAAUCAAGGGCAUCGCAGUACUGACGUCGGAUCAAUCAAGUGACGGAGACGACGUUGACCCGUUGCCCCCCUUCGUCAGCUUGAGCUGCUCGGCAGGGCAUAAUGUUGUGGCUGAUAAGAAGUCGUCUCCCGCUGUGUCUGUCAAUACAGACUUCAGCAGGGACUCGGGUUUCUCGACGGACACGACGUUUCCCUCUCCUCCUCCACAGCUGAAACCAGUUAAUCCUUAUGAGGCUGCUGAGCACGUGAGAAUUUUCUCCGGCGAAGGGAGUUACAAACUGAUCCCAGUCGAAAAGGGCAUGUCCGUGCGAUAUAUCACCCAGCUUAUGGCGGAAAAGCACCGAGUCAGGCUGACGGCAAAACAUUCGCUGCUUGAAUACAAUCCGGAAUUGGCUACGGAGCGUAUUUUAGAAGAGCAUGAAAAUGUUUGUGAGGUGAUUCAAAACUGGGAACAAACACCUUGUGAGAUUCAUUUCCUCGAGCGAAAGGACAAGUGGCUCCUGUUUUCCAAUCCACAGGUAAUCCUCGAGCGAAAGCAAGCCCAAGGCCAGCCCAGUAGAGAAGAGCGACACAAAAUCCUCCAAAGAUGGUUCCCCGAUCGUGGCGGCUUCAACUACCCGGGGUACGAUGGCCAGAGCGUUGUGCGAGACACUGUUUAUUACAAAAACGACGCUAAGGAUAAAUGGAACAAGAAAUAUAUUGAGCUUCGAGGUCAUAAACUGCUUAUUUUCAAGAAAGAAUCAGCUCGCGAAAAAGCGCCAGAGGAAAUCGUCGAUCUUCAAGCAAUGCUCCUAUUCCGAGGCGUCGAAUGGAAGUCAAAGUUCAAGGCGCCUCUAGCAAAUGGCUUCGCAGUUCGACAUCCGAAAGUGACAAAGAUGAACAAAUCUAACAACCCAAACGAGCGCAUUCGCUUCUUCGCUGUCGAAGAUCAACUUGACGAGCUCAAGUGGAUCACGGCGUUACGACUCGCAAAACUUGGCCUAAAGAUGAUCGAAAAUUACAGAAAUACGAUCUCGACCGUGGAGAGGCCAUCGUCAUUAUUGUCGCUACGUCCGCCCUCGUUUGGCCCACUUCCGGUGUCGAAUUCGAGACCCAACAGCUUGGAGACACUCCAAGUUGAUGGCCUCCAAUCGUCGCCGAAAAAGCCAGCUCCUCCAUCGAUGCCUCCGACUGGCCAAGUCCAUCAAGCAAUAAUGCAUCCGCCUCCCGCUCAAAACCUCCCCCAAGCUCCCAAACCCCAGCAACCGCAAUUAACUCUCCAUCGACCACCUCCAAUGACAAAUUUCUACAACGACUCAAACCCAAACCAAGCUCCGGCAAGUCCACUCCGCCGUGGCGAUUUUCCACCUCCACCUCCAUUCAUCUCCCAGAUCAAACAGCUGUCAAGCCAAGUGCACGAACAAGGCGAUCAAUCGAAUCGCUCUAUUGGCUUUGAUUUGCCUCCACCGCCACCGGAACUGAUGGUGCAAGCGGCUCGAUCAUCGAAGAUGAAUGGAAGUGCUACUCUUCCGACUCCCCCUCGUGGUGCUCGACCUCCUCCACCGAGGAGGAAUCCCAACACUCGACUUCACCACUGA